AUGGCGCUAGAGGAUUUCGAAAAGUCGCUAGCAGAGGAGCAGGAGAAAAGACGCGAGAGAAGCGAUAAAGACAGACACCGCCACCACCGUGACCGAGACAGGGACCGCAGUCGCGAGCGCUCGAGGCACCACCGUCACCACCGUCGUUCAUCACGAUCGAGAGAGCGCGACCACGACAGACAUCGCGAAUCGCGUCGGAGCGACGAUACUAGUCACCGACACAAACGCUCGCGUCAUUCAACCGACCAUGGAGACGAUCGCGACCAUGACCACAAGCGCCGACACAGGGAUAGCAGGGACGAGGAAAGGAAACCGGCAGCCGAAGCAGCAGAAGUGGCUCAGGACGAGGCUCCCAAGCUAAAGCGAGACGCUUGGAUGGAGGGACCCUCCAGUCUCGAUAUCGACUAUGUCCAGCGGCGCUCGACCACGCGUUUGGAAGAGGAACCGAAACCCAAGAUGCUUUCGGCAGACUACGAGCUGAAAAUUCACGGUCGGGAAAUCAACACUCACUUACGUGAUCUGAAGGAUGGAAAGGUGCUUGAGGAAAUUGAAGAGAAACCCGCUCAGCAUGAAGUCGACUACACAUUUGGCGACGCCGGCUCGCAAUGGAGAAUGACCAAGUUGAAAGCUGUGUAUAGAGAGGCAGAGGACACCGGGUUGUCCGUGGAAGAGAUUGCGGUCAACCGCUUCGGAGAUCUCCGCUCAUUCGAUGACGCACGCGAGGAGGAGGCAGAGCUAGAUCGCCGUGAAAGAUAUGGUGAAGGUUAUGUGGGAAAGGAGAAGCCCUCAGGCGAGCUCUUCCAAGAGCGGAAGCAACAGGAAAACGUUCACCGCGGCGCGCAUGAGCACUUUCGCAGUCCUACCGAGGAGCUCAAUGCUAAAGGACAGGGCAAGCCAAUGGAGACCGUCCCGCCUCAGAACACCACCCAGCAUCUUGAUUUAACAGCACUCAACCGACUCAAGGCUCAAAUGAUGAAGGCCAAGCUCAAGGGUGCGUCGGAUGCCGCUGAGCUCGAGGCGCAGUACAAUGCCGCAGCUGCUGCUAUGGCCAACCGCAAAGAGUCAGACGUCGUGGUCUUGGGCGUCAUGGAGAACCGGAUGCUGGCUGGAAAGAGAAACGAAGUCAAGGCAGUUGAAAACAGACGGGGCCGUGAGCGAGGCAAGGUGGAAGACAACGAUGACAUGACCAUUGAAGACAUGGUUCAAGAAGAACGACGGACGCGCGGACAAUAUGGGGGAGACGGCCGGCGUAUCGCGGAGAGAAUCGCCAAGGACGCCAAAUUCGAGAAUGAUCUCGAAUACAUGGACGACAAUGCAUCCAAGCUUGCCCGUCGGGUGCACCGCUCCGAAAUCGAUAUCAAGAAUACUACGAUCAAUGAGCUGCAAAAGAUGAACAAGAUCCUCGACAAUUGUCCCCUAUGUCAUCAUGAAGACACGAAUACGCCUCCUAUCGCACCUGUCGUCUCACUAGCGACGAGAGUUUACCUCACACUCCCCACUGAACCCGAGCUCAGCAACCAAUGUGCCACCAUCGUUCCCAUCCAGCAUCGCACGAACUUAUUGGAGUGCGACGACGACGAGUGGGAGGAAAUCCGCAAUUUCAUGAAGAGCCUGACGCGCAUGUACCACGACCAAGGCCGGGACGUGAUUUUCUACGAGAACGCGGCCCAGCCCCAUCGCAAGCGACACGCAGCAAUGGAGGUGGUCCCUCUCCCUUAUAGCCUUGGCGAGACAUCCCCAGCCUUCUUCAAGGAGGCCAUUUUGUCGUCCGACGCGGAGUGGUCUCAGCACCGCAAGCUAAUUGACACGCUUGCCAAUUCCAAGAAAGGCAUGGGACGGAGUGCUUUCCGCCGCAGCAUUGCCAAGGAGAUGCCGUACUUCCACGUGUGGUUCAGUCUCGACGGCGGCCUGGGCCAUGUGGUGGAAGACGAGAACCGCUGGCCGCGUGGAGACCUAUUUGCUCGGGAGGUCAUCGGAGGGAUGUUGGAUCUGGGCCCGGAGGUGAUCAAGCGGCAGGGCCGCUGGCAACGGGGCGGUGAUCCACGAGUGCCGGUGUUCCAGAAGCGUUGGAGGAAGUUUGACUGGACUCGAGUUCUUGUCGAGGGGUGA